GCUCAUCGCGCUAUUUCACAGCGCUGCCAGCUUUCGCGCGCGUAACCUGACACCAUUUCGCCGCGGGCCCUGCGAACACCAGAUGUAGCCGUUGUAGCCCGAGGGAACGCAUACAGGACGAUUUAAAAGAUACACGGAACUCCUGUCGAAACGUUACAGCGACAAUCUCUUAUUUUCCCAGAUAUCUGGCAAUUUAAUUGGCUUCGGGCGUUUUUGGCUCGAAUGGUCGUCCCCGAUCCGCGCGUCGAUGCGUGUAUGAGGCCACGACACUUGCAGCAGUUGCAAGGCGGCGGUCUACGUGGCCGUCUGCCAAGCUAAGCUGAACCGCGCCCGCCGUCAGCUCCUUACAUAUCGCUCUCCAAAGUGCCGAAAUUAUUAGCAACGGAAGGGCAAAAGAAAAACGCCAGGGAUUGUGAAGACAGAUGAGGCGGGGCUUGUGUAGAACCGCGCGAUCCGGCUGUUUCGGCCACAUACCACGCUCGCAUGCGACGCGUUCAUAUGGCACAAACAGGCGUGCAUCCGGCCGUUUCGAAUUCAAAAGAAUCGCGCCGACGCCGCGACUGACUACGGCCUUGAAAACACGACGGCCGCGCGGCUCCUUUUGGUGCGCGCGCAACUUUAGAAGUGUCGUCUGCUUCGAGGUUGUUGUACCCGAGACGAAGAGGGCGCAUGUUCAGUUCUGAGCGAGUUUUAACUGACCACCACAAGGGUCCGAUGAUCAUUCUGUGGCCCACAGCGACUUCAAAACAUAAGAAGCAAUGUACGCCGCGCCAGAUUGUCUCGUAAAGCGUCCAUUGAAGGCAAGUCUACCACCGUGCGCGACGGUUGGGAAAGCGCGGAUACUGCGUCUUUCUCGCUCUUCAAAGGCUAUCCACGUCGAUCAAACACAAGAUCCCGUUUCGCGUGAACGUCCUAACGUUCCUAAAUCGGAGACCAAAAUCGUCACUCACUCCAAGAGCAGAAACGACGUUCUCGGACGAAAGUCAACCGCCUAACCGAGAGGUUCAGGCGAAGUGUUCAAUCGGACGCGACGCAGCAGCCAUGGGAGUUUGAAAUUUCGUGCACUUUGUCGUCACGCUGUCUGAGCGCGUUUCCGAGAUAAUGGUGCGUUGUUGGCGUUGUCGAUAAGGGCCUGGCAAAUUUGCCAGCCAUGGCCCUUAUCGAGACCCGCUUUUAAAGAUCGGUAUAUCACAGCUGCGAUUUCGGCGGGCCAAGAUUCUGGUGCCGCGCGUUUGGUGCGCACGGCACGUACCGAAGUGACAGUCUAUAGCGCGCCCCCGCGGUCCAACCCUGAGUCACCGACGGUUUUUAGUCACCAGCAUAGCGCCAGCUUAUAUUUCCCGGUAGGUCGCGCAGCGCCACAUAUGUGUUGACUCACUUUUCUUUUUGACGAACGGAAUAUUUAGCCACGGAUUAGGCGCGGGGCCGUCGCACAGCUUGAGCACAUACUCAUCCUUCGCAUUAGAAAAAAGUGACCUCAAGAGUCGAGUUCAAGUUGCCAGGUGCAUCGAAAGCGCGAAGAGGCCCGCAUUAACCAGUCCGCGUCUCGUACUACGAUACGCCUCUUCAAUUGUCCCAGAGACCCGGCCGAGCGAAAUAUGGCACACUGUGUACGACACUCGCUCGCUAUGCUUGGAAACUCGUCCGAAUCCAGGUCGUCGACGUCAUCGCUUCACGACGUCCACCGCUCUCUGAACGACCUGUGCAUCCGGCAUUCCAAGUCGGAUCCUGUGCUGAUGACGCUCUCGCACAACUCACCACUGGCACGAUGCUCGGACCAGGACAGCUGUUGGGACAGCAUUGAGGAUUUGGCGCAGCAACAACUGCUGGUGCAAGGUGCCGAUGCAGUCACUUUGGAAGGCCUUAAGAACCACUACAACUCCUGCUUCACGUGUGGAGUAAGCUGGUAUGAGGACCAUGCUUCUCUGGACUGUGCCGAGUGUGGCGGAUAUGCCUUGCGCCGUCCCUGUCUCCACUGCAAUGGCAGCUGCGAUGAAGUCUGGAGCAGAGACUUGGAUGCUUCCCACAAGCAACGGCGUGCCCAGUGGCUGGGAGAAUGCAAGAACGCCACCCAAGACGCUGCUCCAAAGGGCCAGCAAGACUCUUGAGGACUGUCCCUCCUAGGACAGCUCCCAGGCAGCAGCACUUCCAUCAACUGUACAUAGAACGAAUCCCUGGUUGAUCCCAUUGCGUCGCAUGUUUUCUCAGCUUCCUCACACUGAGCCUGGACUUCACUCCACCGAAUGGCUUGUGGCCUCCACAGUGUGCAUGCCUCGUCAUUACACCAUCUCCUGAAAUGUCUUGGCGACACCCGUGUGAGCAUUUAGUGGCCAUGGACCUGCUGGACUCUGUGUUGUGGUGUUGAACAACCUGAACUUGAAUGCAUUGUGCACCAAUGGCUGUGGGCCAAAUUACUGAUCCACACUGCAGUCACUGAUCCGAUAAAAAGGGAAGGGUGCCUGUGGCACCCGUAACAUUCCAUGUCUGCGCCAAGUCAGUGGCUUCCCCUGGGGUGGGUUGGAGAAAAUGGACCAGUGGGUCAACGAGGGAUAUAUUGUGUACAUAUGUGGUGCUCGUUCCGUGUUUCGCACUUCUUUGUCCAUCUGGCGCUGUCUUGUCCUCGUUUUUAAGGUUCGCUUUGAAACAGCAAAAUGCAGCCUGUAGUAAUUUCUCGGGUGCUAGAACAGACUGCAAAACCGUAAGCUGCUUUUUCUUUUAAAUGACAAAAGCAUGUUUAGAAUCAUAUGCGGCUCAGUAAUGACCCUAGAAAAAAAAACUUGAACCCGUGAUGCAUGUCCAUGGUGGCUUUCUACCUGUGCUGCAGGUGCAACUUGGUGUCACUUAAGAGAAACAAUUGCCAUGUGCUUGUUAUGAAGCUGAUAAAUGUGCUACAGUGAUUUCCAGUGGUGAUUAUGUUACCAGCUUAAGACCAAAGGCGGCACAUAAAAUUUUUCCCUUUUGUGCAAUACAAGGCUGUUUUUGAGGCAAAACUUGACAAAAUGGCAAAGUGCCACUUUGGCCCUGUAACACAGUGGUAGAUGUUGGCAGUUACUGUGAAACCAUUUUGUGUUUAAUGUGUGUAAUUUUUGUCAUUGUCCAUUCUACUUUGUGGUAGUCGCCACUGCAUGGAACAAAAAUGUCCACCUGUACAUUGAUGAGCCCGUAGAGAUGCGAUACCUUAGGUGCAGCUGUCAGCAGUGGCGGCUGCUCAAAAAACAGCAGACAAGCCAAGCAAGCCCCUUUUCACAAGCUAGCAUUUUAAGCUUAUAGUUACCUUAUAGUUGCAACAUUGCAAAACAGUACAGGAAAAAAAAUAUUUUCACAUUUGCCACACUGUCAAACUACAUUUAACAAAAAGGGACUGAAUUUGUAAUCGGUGCUCUGCCAUGCAUCAGCUACUCUGUAUUCUUGAACCAUGCAAAUAAUAAGUCUGACAAUCUUCAGAUUGACACAGACUAGCUGCUGCUGACAGCUGAUAAACCAUUACUUCACGACUCUGGUCUGCAUCUCGCUCUGCUGUACAUCGAGAAGGCAGUGAAAUGUUGAUUUUAAGUCAUUUGCUUGCACACCAAAGUUGUUGUUGCUACCUGUGUAAUUCCACCUUUUAAAUUUCUUUUUCUUUUUUUAAAAUAAGAUUGACUCAAUAUUGCCUGCUUUUUAAUUAUGUGCCAAAAAUGUUCACAAUCUGUGCCCGUGCCUGUAAAGUUUUUCUUGCACUGUCAACCGUUUUUUUUUUCUUCCCACAGACAAUUUGGUUAUAUUUCAAAAACCUUGCUGCUGACCAAAACAGGCAAGCGAGAUGGGCAGGUUCAUAGUCUUGUUUGAUGCUGAAAGAUGUUACAGGAUCUGAGUGCCUCAGGAAGCGACUUGUGUGAGACGAGUGCCUUGGCUAGUAGACAUGGAAGCAAUCCACAGAGUGCGUAUUUUUGUAAGCAGAGAAGACUGAUGCCAAAAGCAAACAGGCAGAUGGUGUUAUGGUUGGCAAUAGGGAGAAUCAAAAUGCACAUCCACAAACUGACUGAUAAAUGGCUGGAGGCAAAACGACACUGUGCUGCAUGUGGUAAAUUCGAAAUUGCACAAUCUCGAGUUUCUCGCAAAACCACACCAGUUGGCAUCCAUGGUGCAUCUUUAAUGAGAGCGAGCUGGUCAACUAACAAACAGCUGAAUUCAAGCACUGCUUGCCCACAACACAUUAUGGGGCGAGCAUAUUUAAUACCAAGCAAAACUUUUUAAGCUGUAAUUUGGAACAAAUGUGGCCUAGUCUACAGGUAGCGCUAAUUUGAAAGGGAACACCCAAUCAAUAUUCAAGAUGCAGAAAUAAGAGUUGAAACAUGAAUUGCCUCUUGUUCAAGAAAUUGUCAUGUGGUAAUGUCUCAUUUCACAACGUAAGUAAGGCAAAGGUAGGUCUAAAACACCAAUUCAUUCCCAUUCAUCUUCGUCCACUGCACACAAAGGGGAAAAAAACCAAAACAGCAAAUCUGCAUCUUCCAUUUUAUGAACUUGUACAUGCAACUGCACAUGUUUUAUGAACUCUUCCAUGCCUUCAGCUUUCAAUGAUGAACCCACAUCAAAACUUUUAGCGCAGCAGACACCAGUGCUAGCCUUGCACACAGAUGGGAUCAUUGUGCAUGUCUUAUUUAUUGAAACAUGUCUCAAGGAAUGUGUGUCUUUGAAAACGCCAUGGUUUGCAAUAAAGACUCUUUCAGU